AUGCGAUUUCUCUCGCCAUUCACAACAUGCCUCGUCCAGGCACUGCUCGCUAGUCAAGCCCAAGCAAUCGCCAUCGUGACACCGCCACCGCCACUCCCGACUCGGGAUCCCGAAAGCCAACACCAACACCAACACCACGACGCCCGUGCCCUCGUCGAGACCAGCACCUGCGGCUAUUCUAACGGUGACCCGGCACACCCGCUGACUGCACCGGCCGGGUACAACUGCCGCGUCGACACGGCCCGGGGCGUUUGGGGAUUCUGCCCGGCCACGGUGGGCGCUGACGUGCAAAAGUGCGAUUUGCCGGUGUACUGUUUUGAUCAACUGGGGUGUGAGACGGGAUGUGGCGAUCCGAAGGUGACGGGGUCGGGGAAGGUUUUGGCGUGCAACCAAGGGGCAAAUCGCUUUUGCUCCGUUGCAGCGCUAAUCGUUGGGACGUCAAGCCAGACAUUUUUCACUUUUGGCUGUGCUAUAUCGCAGAUGGCGGAUGAAUACUAUGUCACGCCCACGGCGCCGCUGACCACGACUAGCGAGACGCCGCAAGUAUCUACAGCUAAGCCAUCGGUGAUACGUUCGUCACAGUCGCCAGGGAGGAACCCGGAUGCGACACCGGGGUCACCAACACCCUUACCGUCGAAUCCGAGUCCGAGUUCGACUGGUUCACCCAGACCAAGCACCGCGACCUCAUCACGACAAAGCCCUUCCAAUCCUCUAACAAACCCCAGCAAAACAACUGCAGCCAUCUCAACAUCAUACCCCAAUUCCUCAACUCAAUCCAACAACCCCUUCACUACAACCGCCCCCAGCGACACCCCCAAUCCUCAAACCACGCCCAACAUUGACAACACUGACAACACCCCCGAGAACAGCCCCAACAUCCCCGCCCUAGUAGGCGGUACCCUAGGUGGCCUAGCCCUCAUCCUCAGCUCAGUAAUAGCCUACCUCUGUCUCCGACAACGGCGUUUAUUCGCUUUCCACAGUAAGCCCCCAAACCCAGACGGGGCAGGUGGACCAGGUCAAACAAAGAACCCAACAGCCGCAAUGCUAGAGACGGUGGAGCUGAGACGGGAGUUGGAAGAUACGGGGAUUGGAGCUGGGAGGAGGGAGGUGGGUGAGUUACCGGGGAAUUACGAGAGGGCUGUGGAGUUGGGGCCGGGGAGGACGAAGAGCGAGUUACCCGCUGAGAGGUACAGUCGGGGGAUGGAAAUGGAGGUUGGAAGGGGGGUUGAGAGGGAGACUAGGAGGGAGAUUGGGAGGUGGAGUUGGGAAGAUGGAGGGGGCAGAUGUAAUAAGGGUAGGGGCAGUAAGGGGACUGAAGGGACGGAUGGGCUUAGGUGGGUUGGGAGGUAUUUGAGUUAA